GAGAUUUCGUCUGAUGAGGAAGGGGCGGCUGCCGUGAAACAAAAUUUGAGUGUGAAGAUGGAGAACAUUGAGUUGUCUGAUGUUAAGAAAUUACUUGAGGUGUUGGUGCAACAGAUUGCUGGUCAGAAAGAUAAACAACCGAUGGUUGAGCCCAUGGUGGAGGAAGCCGAGGACUCUGAAGACGUGGACCUUGCGCAUAACGUACAGAAUGCCGACGAGGAGAAAGAAGAUGAAGGUGGAUUUGUUGCUUACAUGAAGGUAAGACAAGAGUACUAUGCAUCACUGCAUUACACGAAGGUUGAAGAGCUCUGCAAGGCCAAAGCCAUUCACUACUUCCGGAAGGACAUGGAUGUCUGGGAGUUAGCCAAGCUUGACCUACAGGAGUAUGCAGAUCAUCUCGCGGAAGGUGCCUCCUACAAGAUUGGCGAACCAUCUCGGCGAAACUAUUCAUGGGAUGAGCAUUCGGACCUGGGCAGUACCGGGUGUCCCGGUGGUGAUGGAUCGCUAGCAGGAAACUAAGUCGAUCGAGCUCUCGCUCGCUUUGUAGGGUUGUGCAUAGUAUUGUUAGAAUAAAAGAUCUGGUUGAUU